AAAACCAAAAGGAAUAGAAGAAAAAUGAGACUUCUACAUUAUAGCGGCUAGGUCCAACACGCAUUAUUAGCACCUGCAUCUUCUAGGAUUCCACCCGCGGUGUCCUUCGCGGGGUAGCCGCGUCCCAAGACGAGGGACGCACGCGACAAAUACCAGAGAAAUGAGUGCAGGUCGGAUCAUCAGAACAAUACGCUGGCACGGUAUGCCAGCUCGAAAUGGGGCCAGAAUAGCAGGGGGAGAAAGAGAAAGAGAGACAGACGGAUGGAUCAGUGGCGGUGGUCUCCGCUAAAGUUGGGCAACCGAGGCUGUCUUUCUCUCUCUCGGAGCCCAGAGCUCUGUCAAAGUCGGCACAUAGUCCGCUGCUACAGCUGCAGCUACUAUCUCAGUAGUGAAGCAGAGAGCGUCCACGAUCCGGGAGAUCCAUCUCGCUCGCGCCGGUUCGCGCGAGGUCUUCCCAUCUUCUGUGAAAAUUCGAAAGUCUCUCCUCAUCCCGCUCACAUAGUGCAUCUCGUGAUUGAUUAUUAGGUGCCUGUUGUUGUUGUGGUUUUUUUUUCCCCCGUUGUUGUUGUUGUUGUUACUGGUGGUAGUGCUGGCUGGACCGAGUCUAGAGCAUGACGAAAAGGCACACGGUGAUCGUGAGGCUCAGGAGAUCCAGCACCGGCAGGCCGUGGGGCAUAAGCAUCGCCGGAGGCGCCGAUUUGGGCACGCCGAUCGUCGUCACCCGCUCGGAGAACGAGGCGCUCCAGAAGGGUGACGUGAUCAAGAAGAUUGAGGAAUACGACACGCGCGACGUGAGGCAUGUAGACGCACAGAAUCUCCUCCAAAACUCCGAAACCAUAAAGCUAGUCGUCGAAAGGUCUGCGAGUACCGUAACAUCAUCACGUACCGACACUACCACACCACGCACGGUUUUCAAGUCGGUCUUCGGCGACGGGGCUGCGGUCACUAGUCUAUACAAACAACAGCAGGAAUAUCCGCCAGAAUUGCCGAAAAGUCCGAUACCGCCGCCCUCGGCCGAGGAAUACAUAUCAACGCCGAUACCGAUUUCGCCGACUUCCGACUACACUCUUCGCAGCACGCUUCUUUUGCCGCACGAACAUCGCGACGAGAUCCGCGAGGAGAGAGUUCAUCUGUCGCAGCCGUAUCGCACGACUCCUUUGGUCCUGCCAGGUGCCAAGGUGAAGAAGGAUGCUCCUCUCGGCGAAUGCUACCUGCGACAUCAUCCAAAUCCGAUGAUCAGAGCGGCACCCCAUCAUUACGAGCCGUAUCAUCCUGAAGUCGCUAUGAAGCAAAAGGUGGCCGAAACGGUACUUCAGCGUGUCGUGGGACCGAAUGAAGUUCCAAAGAUUGUCCACAAGCAAUUCAACUCGCCGAUCGGACUGUAUUCAGAGCAAAAUAUCGCGGACACCAUCAAGUGCCAAGCAUCUGCCAUACCUCUGAAGAAGCCGAUGAAAUACGACCCGAGUAAGAGCGAGGCGUACAAGGCCCUGCAAGAGGAGGAAUACGGGGACCAGGUGCAGGAAGUCAGGCAGCCGGUUCGCACCGGCGUCUUUUCGCCGCAGAAAUCAAACAAAGUAUACCAGACACCUCCAAAAAGUCCUGCAUACGGUGGAUCAUAUAGACGUCCCUUCCCCCUCCCUUUCGUUAAGGAUUUCAGCGACUAUUAAAAUAUUCCGUUCUGCGGGAACUUGUGAACGUGCUCGACGACGACGGGGAGAAGAUCCAUCAGAGCAACAGCUUCAAGAGGAUCAUGUACAGCGUGCUGGGACAGACCGAUUAUUGAAACCGAACUGACGCUAAAAAUACUACCAUUUACUUAAUGUUAAAUAAAAUCUAUAUUUUAUUUAUUGUACCACGCACAAAAAAAAAACAAAAUGCGCAUGAAACGAAUGUCGAGCGUCGAGCAGAAAUCUUCUGAUUGCGAUUCUUUAGCGGUCGAAUUGAAUUACACAUUGUUAGAGAAGCGUGCUUAUUAAAUGCAUAUGCAAAAAGAGUACGGAAUUGACGAAAUGUACUCGACAUUCACCGCUUACCCGAUAAAAACAAUGCUGUGUAUCUCUUAAGCAUAGUAAUAAUAGUUUAUUUUAAAAACGCGUCGUUAAUUUACGUGGCUUGCAAUCUUAUUCUACUCGAGAUUAAUAUUUUUGCUAGCCUGCACUAAGAUAGCUUACUUCCCCUUUCUCCGCAUCUCGAUGUAUCUAUUUUUUGACGAUCUAUUUACACACUGUAUUAUACUUUUAACGUUACGCACAAUGAAAAAUUAAUUUUCACAAAAAUACGUCGAGUUUUCUUCCGUCUCCCUAAAGUUCGCCGUCGAAAUUUAUGGAAUCGGUCUUUUACACGAUCGUACUUUUGUAUAUUAUACUUUGCAAUUAUCACGCAACAUGAAUAUGGCAGAAACUCGCAAAUGUGAAUAAAUUAAGUAUUGUAUAUAUAA